ACCCCCGAACGCCUGAAAGGCGGCGGCUUCCUCUCCAUGCCCAGAUACGAAUCCCUCAGCGCCCUGAUAGAAAGAGCGAACGACUGGCUCGCGAGGAACCCCGACUGCGAGGCAGCGACGUGCGAGGGCGUGGAGUGCGCGACGACGACGGGCCACGUCGAGACCGAGACGAUGACCGUCUUCGGAGGUCGAACGCCCGCUGCUUACAUCAGGUGUCUGAGACUGUGGCUGCGGCGGCGGAACGACCCGCGCGAACCCCCUCAGCAACUGGGCCACGCGAAUUUCGUCCCCGACGUCGUGGACGGGACCUCGUUGAGGAGUCCCAAGUUCCAGCCGAUCAGCAGCAUGGUCGAGAAGACGAACGGGAUGCUGCGGAAGAACCCGCUCCCGGGGAAGAUCAUCACCAUCGAAACCCAGGAGAUGAAGCUGGGGACUUACACGGGCGAGCUGGAUCCAGAUCAAUCCUUCCGGGUCGAGGGGGCGGUCGAGAAAAAGCACUUUGUGUUCGUCAUUCGGAUCUUCUACGAGGCGGGGAUCGGGAAAGGGGAAGAGAUCGGGCUCGUCGAUUUCGGUCCCUUGUGCGAAGGAAGCGGCGAUGUUUCCAGGCUUCCUAAGGGCGAGAAAUUCAGCAGCCUAGUCGGGAGGAUGUCGGCCUGGUACCAGGGUCAGAGCAGCGUCCGGAUCACCAACGUUCAGAGCCUGGAAUACGAACUCGAGUCGGGCGAAGUGGACACUCGGAGGACUUUCUACGCGGGGCGUGGGGAUGUCACGACUCAGUGCGUGCGCAUGCUCCGCGUGGCGUACGUCGGGGCGGCGGAGGCUCCUCUCGUCCCCCGCGCCGUCGCAUGUCGGACCUUCGUUCCGGUUCAGCUCGAUCGAGGCGGCUGCUAUCGAUCGCUGGAAUACGAGGGCAUGUCCAAGACGCGGGAGCGAAUCGCGGCGUGGAUGAGGGUCACCGGGGCCAAGCUGAUCAGCGCCGAGACCUCGGUCAUGCGGAUGCACUCUGGUGGCGAGAGAGAAAAAAUGGGUCCCGAGGCGACUCACGCCUCCGACUCGGGGCGUGAAGCGGUCCGUUUCACGCCCCGAGUUUCACGCCAGGGCGUCGUCGAACACUGGAUCUACGUAAUCCGGCUCUAUCUCGACGGGGAUUACCAGGAGCCUGAUCCGGGGCUUCUGCCGCCUGUUCCGCCGAUUCGAGAUGACUCUUGCUGCGGAAUCCUCUGA